AUGGCGCAAAACACACACCCCGCCGCCGCAGCACCCGCCCUCUCAGACCUCAUCUUCCCCACGACGGCGAACCACAACUUUUCCCACAUCCUCACGGAUCUCAAGCGCUCUAACCUCUCCAUCGCGAACCGACUUCGCUCUAUCACGCAGGACGCCGACUUUGUGCAGGAUGUCGCGGCCAGUUUCGGUCGUCCGCUUGUGGCGAACGAGCGCUGCGGGAGCUGGUAUAUUCGACCUGCGGACAAGCGGGCAAGCGCGUACUUUAAGAGUACGGAUGGGCAUACGAAUGCCUGGAAGUUUAGUACGCGCAGGUUGAAUUUGCAUUUGCUUGAGCUUGUUGGGAAGCAUGAUGGAUGCAUCAUUGUAGAUUCAACCCGCAGAGGCAAGAGAAUGCCAGACGCCCUAAGCAAAACCAUUCCAAUCUGGUGCGCCGUCCUUAACGCAGCCCUCUUCCCAGACCUCGACCCGGCGCGCGAGCUCCGCCUCUUCACCCCGCCCAACGUCGUCUCGGCCUCGGAACACGCCCAAAUCGCUGCCCUCCUCCCGUCCUUCCUCGCUUCCCUCAAGAGCCUCGACCUCGAUCUCGCAGCUCUCCGUGCGCACGUCUCCAAGCCCCUGCGGCCAUUUUGGGUCACGCAAGAGACGCAGCUUCCGUCGCUAUCCGCGUCUGCGGGCGAUGAUGACGAGUCUGCGAAGAACGUGGUUUUCGAAGAUUACCACCCCAUCAUCUGCUGCACCUCCUCGCGCCGUGUCGCCGGUACGGAAAUGAGCGAGGCCGGGUACAUCCAAGGCGCCGGCGACGACACGGAGAACUGGGCCCUCGGUCUGACAGCCGAAGUCUUUUGGGAGAACGCCGCGGCGCUGCUCUCGUGUCCCGAGGCCGAUCUCCCGGAACUGGUUGUUCGUCUCGUCGCGGAGGACAAGAGGAAUGCGCCGAGAGGGGUGCAGCCGAAGCGAGUUGCGCCGUGGAUCUACGUCUGUCCUUUACCCCUGGACGAUGAGGAAGACAGCAGUGGUGGUACGGAUGCUGUGUCCGCGGGUGCGUGCAGAGUCGUGCUAACACAGGACGUCACGCCGCGGGACGCGUGGGUGAAAUCUCCGACGUACAUGCAAGUCGGCCUCGGGAAGCACAAGGUCGCGAGUCGCAACCUCCGGCAGGCGCUGCCGGAUAUCUGCGCCUUUACCGCGGGGUACCUCGACUCGCAUAGUGAUGUAGUAGAGGGCGCUGCCGAGGGCGACAGCAGCAGCAGUGGCAGCGUCCUCGUGGCCUGCGAGACGGGCAAGGAUCUAUCUAUUGGCGUCGCGCUGGCCAUUUACUGCUGGUGCUUCGACCGGGACGGCAAGUUUCGCGUGGCGGACUCGACGACGUUUUUCAACAAGGACAUGAUCCGGGUAAAGCUGGGGACAAUCAUGACGGCAUAUCCAGAGGCCAAUGCGAACCGGGCUACAUUGCAGAGUGUCAACAGCUUUCUCAUGGACCACCGAAGAUGA